AUGUCGGCCCAGUUUUAUGGGAUGAAACUCAAAUCCAAACUGGGAACCACUGGGAAGGAGCCCCCCCUGACCCCUCACAGGACCCCAAAUCCCAGGAGGAUCCCGGCUAUUCCCAGAUUCCGGACACAACCGGAGCCCACAGGGGGUGAGGAAGAGUCUGGAAAUUCCAGGGAUUGUGGAGAUGAUCCCGGAGAUCCCGGAGAUUCUGGAACUCUCCUCCUCCCUCCCUCCCUGUCGGGACUGCCCCCCCUCAUCCUCAACUCGGCAGUGAAACCCCCCCUUCCUCCUGCUCCCCAAAAAUUCCAGCGGCUGAAGGAGAGGGUGGCCCAGACUUUGGGAUCGCUGGAUCCCGCCUGGCUCCAGAGGUGCCAGGAAAUUCCCAGGAAGGAUGAGAUUCCCACCUGGAAAAGGCCUGGUGGGAAUGUUGGGGGUGAUGGGGACGCUCCCAAAAAGCUCCAGAGGCACCACCGGGACCUGGAUGAGGGAAAGUUUGGGAUGAAGAGGAACAGGGAGGAGGAAGAGGAGGGGGAAGCUCCAAAGGAGAGCGGGAAGACGUCGGGAAACGUCCUGGAACGCUUGGAAAACACCCUGGAAUGCUUGGAAAACACCCUGGAACGCUUGGAAAACACCCUGGAAGAGGGAGAGGAGCACAAGCAAAAGCAGGGGGGAGCUCCAAAGGAAAGCAGGAAGAAACAGGAUUGUUUGGAAAACAGGCUGGAAAAGCAACAAGAGGACAAGGAAAAGCAGGUGGAAGCUCCAAAGAAGAGGAGGAAGAUUCCAAAACGUUUGGAAAACAUCUUGGAAGAGCAACGGGAGGAGCAGGAAAAGCACAUGGAAGCUCCAAAGAAGAGGAGGAAGACUUCGAAAUGCUUGGAAAACCUCCUGGAAAAGAAAGAGGAGCACAAGGAAAAGCAGGUGGGAGCUCCAGAGGGGAGCAGGAAGACGCCGGAACGCUUGGAAAACCUCUGGGAAGAGGAAGAAGAGGAGCAGGAAAAGCCCAAACCCCCCCGCAAACCCAGAUCCGCCCCCCGGAGUGGCGGGAAUUUCGUGAGGCUCAACCUGAGGAGGAAAAGCUACACCCGCUUCUCCCUGCGGGGAAAAAGCCUCCGGAAGCAGGUGUGGAGGGAGAAGUGGAGGAAGAAGUCAGAGCGGUUUGGGGGCGGCAGAUCCGGAGUUUGCUUCCGCUGCGGGAACGCCGGACACUGGGCGGCACAAUGUCCAGGAUCAUUCCCAGCAGAAAAUGAUCCCAAGGAGGAGGAGGAGGAAGAUCCUCUUCCCACUCUGGAAGAAGUGGCACGAAGGACCAACAGCAUUUUCCCGGGAAUCUCCAGUGAGGGGACAGGACAGGGUUGGAGGGAAGAGAUUCCCAUGUUAACCCUGGAUACGCGGAGGCCGGAGUUCACUCCGGACCCUUUUCCGGCGCCCGUGGAGCCUCUUUACAGCCUGGGAACGGAUGGAGCAGUGCCAGAUCCGCCGGAGGAGGUGCUGGAAGCUCUGAGGGAGUUGGGCUACGCCUCGUUCCGCCCGGGCCAAGCCGUGGCCGUCAUGAGGAUCCUCUGCGGGUUAUCCACACUGGUGGUGUUGCCCACGGGGCUGGGUAAAUCGCUGUGCUACCAACUGCCCGCCCUGCUGUACCGGCGGCACCGCCGCGCCCUCACCCUCGUCGUGUCGCCGCUCGUCUCCCUCAUGGACGACCAGGUGUCGGGGCUCCCGCCCUGCCUGAGGGCCGUCUGCGUCCACUCCAACAUGUCCAAGGCCCAGCGGGAAAAGGUCCUGGAGAAGGUGCGGGCGGGCGAGGCGCAGGUGCUGCUCGUGUCUCCCGAGGCCCUGGUGGGCGGCACCGGAUCCGGAUCGGGAUUCCUGGGGGGCCGGGAUCGCCUCCCACCCGUGGCCUUCGCCUGCCUGGACGAGGCUCACUGCGUGUCCCAGUGGGCACACAACUUCCGACCCUCCUACCUGCGCAUCUGCAAGGUUCUGCGGGAUCGCCUGGGCAUCCGCUGCUUCCUGGGCCUGACGGCCACGGCCACUCCGGCCACGGCUCGGGACGUGGCGCGGCACUUGGGGAUCCCGGCGGGGGAAGAGGCUCCGGCGCGCUUGGCCGCGGUGCCGCCCAACCUGCUCCUCUCGGUGUCCAUGGAGCGCGACCGCGACGAGGCCUUGGUUUCCCUGCUGGGGGGGGAGCGUUUCGGAGCCCUGGAUUCCAUCAUCGUCUACUGCACGCGGCGCGAGGAGACGGAGCGCGUGGCCGCCCUCAUCCGAACCCGGCUCCAGGGAAUUCCCGCUCCGGAAUGCGCCACAACCGCCCCGGGGACCAGAGGGAAAGGGGAUCUCCCCGAGCUCCGGCGUCACAUCUACGGCGACACGGUGGAAUUCUGGGCCAUCAAGCAGUUGGUGCUGGAGGUUUUUGCUCCUUGCAAGUGCCGACAGAUUUAUGGGAGGGAGAGGGGGGACAGCCAGGCCGGGGAGGAGGUGGAAGACGCGGAAAUGGCGGAACUGCUGGAAGAGGAAUCCGAGGAAAAGCCGGAAAAGGCCGGGACGAGGCCCCUGGGCCGCGUCUGCCACGGCCACGAGCGCUGCCUGCCCAUCCAGCGCUCCGUGGAAUCCCUGGACCUGCGCGAGGAAGGGAUCGAGACCCUGCUGUGCUACCUGGAGCUGCACCCUCAGCGCUGGCUGGAGCUGCUGCUUCCCACCUAUUCCCGCUGCCGCAUCCGCUGCUCCGGAGGGCCCCGCCAGCUCCGGGACCUGGCGCGCAGUUGUCCCCCCGUGGGUGUUUUCCUGGCUCGGGAGCGGCUGGCGGGGCGGGAGCACCGGAAUUCCGGGACGGUGGAGUUGGAGGUGAUGGAGCUGAGCGAUUCCAUGGGCUGGGAAGCGGCGCUGGUGAAGAGGCAGCUCCGGCAGAUCCAGUGGGAUCCACGGCAAAGGACGGGUAUCCAUCGGGAUCGGGGGAAAAGCGGGAUCCAGGUGGAAUUUGAGGAAUUGUCCUUCCACUUCCGCUCCUACGGCGACCUGAGCGGGGCGGAGCUGGAUUCCAUCUGCAGCUUCCUGCUCCGGCGCGUGCAAUCCCGGGAAAAGGCGGCCCUGGGCCAGCUCCGGACCUGCUUCCGAGCAUUCCAGAGCGUGGCAUUCCCGACGAUCCAUCCGCACCCUCCGGAGGGGGAGAGGGAGCAGAGGAGCUCCCGACUCAAGGAUCUGAUCCAGGAAUACUUCGAGAGGGAUCCCCUCGGAGCCCAGGAGGGACACGAGGAGCAGGAGCAGGAGGAGGAGGAGCAGGAGCAGGAGGAGGAGUUCGGAAGUUCUCGGGUAAAGCACCAGCAGCGGCUCCGGAGCCUCCGGAAUUCUGGCAGCCCCCGAUUCCCAGCCCAGCUGUACGGGCGGGAUCGGCGUUUCUGGAGGAAGCAUCUCCGCCUGGAUUUCCAGGGCCUGGCCCGCCUGGCCACCCAGGAGCUCCUGACCACCAUGUGA